AAAUUCUAGUAAUGUUGUUCUAUGCCUAUCUCAGGGUUUUAUUUUUAGCAUUAUAUAAUUAUUCGUUGUUUUGGGUUUUUCUUUUCCUUUAAUUUGUUGCUCAGAAAAGUUGUAUGGGAAAAAAAUUAUCUUGGGAUGCCCCAAAAAACUGAACAUGAGACUUCUUAAUAUGAGAUUUCACUUUCUUAUCCUUGGGAUGGGAUGAGGAGGUUUUUGAAAUUAUGAAGAAGCAAGAGGAGACAAGGCAAGCGGAGUUUGCUGCAAAAGCUGCAGAGUUUAAGGCAAUGCAAUCUCAAGCUGACAGUGAGAGGCAACGAGUGAUAUAUGAUGAACAGAAGAAGCUAGCUCAGCAUCAAGCACAAGUAAAAUCACAGAUGGCACACUAUGAGGAUGAAUUAGCAAGGAAGAGAAUGCAGGCAUAAAAUGAAUAUCAAAGAGCUAGGAAUCAAGAGCUUGUAAAACUCCAAGAGGAGUCAGCAGUCAGACUGGAGCAAACUCGACGGGCUACGGAAGAACAGAUUCAAGCUCAGAAGCGACAAACAGAGAGGGAAAAGGCUGAGAUAGAGCGUGAAACAAUCAGAGUGCGAGCCAUUGCAGAAGCAGAAGGAAGAGCCCAUGAAGCAAAGCUUGCUGAGGAGGUUAACAGGAGGAUGCUCGUAGAUCGUGCAAAUGCUGAAAGAGAGAAGUGGGUUGCUGCCAUAAAUUCUACUUUUGAUCACAUUGGAGGGGGGUUGAGAGCCAUUCUAACAGAUCAAAAUAAGCUGAUUGUCGUUGUUGGAGGAAUAACAGCUCUUGCAGGUGGCAUUUACACUACUAGAGAAGGUGCUAGGGUGAUUUGGAGUUAUGUUGAUAGAAUAUUGGGACAACCAUCCUUGAUUAGAGAAUCUUCCAGAGGGAAGUACCCUUGGUCUGGCUUCUUUUCUCGUACCAAGAGCUUUCUAUCAAGGGGUGGUCAUGAAGGUUCAUCUUUGACAAAUGGAAAUGGGUUUGGUGAUGUGAUUUUGCACCCUUCUCUUCAACAACGAAUUAAACAGUUAGCUAGUGCAACUGCUAAUACAAAAGCCCAUCAAGCACCAUUCCGGAACAUGCUGUUCUAUGGUCCUCCAGGCACAGGGAAAACCAUGGCUGCUAGAGAGCUGGCUCAUAAAUCUGGGUUAGAUUAUGCCUUGAUGACAGGUGGAGAUAUUGCUCCACUGGGACCACAAGCUGUUACCAAGAUACACCAAUUAUUUGACUGGGCUAAGAAGUCCAAGAGGGGCUUAUUAUUGUUCAUUGAUGAAGCAGAUGCAUUUUUAUGCGAGCGAAACAAAACCUACAUGAGUGAAGCUCAGCGAAGUGCACUCAAUGCACUGCUUUUCCGGACAGGUGACCAGUCCAAGGACAUAGUGCUUGCACUCGCCACAAACCGCCCUGGUGAUCUUGAUUCAGCUGUGGCAGACCGCAUUGAUGAAGUCUUGGAAUUCCCACUGCCAGGGGAAGAUGAACGCUUCAAACUGCUAAAACUCUAUCUGGACAAGUAUAUAGCUCAGGCAGGAUCAAGAAAAUCUGGAUUGCUCCAAAAUUUGUUUAAAAGGCAACCACAGAAGAUUGAGAUCAAAGGGCUUACAGAUGAUAUAUUAAGGGAAGCAGCAGCAAAAAGUGAAGGAUUUUCUGGAAGAGAAAUAGCUAAACUAAUGGCUGCUGUUCAAGCAGCUGUUUAUGGGAGUGAGAAAUGUGUGCUAGAUCCAAACCUGUUCAGAGAAGUAGUCGAUUACAAGGUUGCAGAGCAUCAACAGAGAAGAAAACUGGCAGCUGUAGAUGGCAAUCGUGCUUGAUUUUACCUUUUGUUGUUUCUGGAACAAAUGUUAGCUUAGCUGAUUGAAAGGCCCAAUUUUUAAGUUUUGGGCAUAACGUUAUCGUUGUCUCCCCCGUUUAUAUUUGGGAGAAUUUUGGGGGGUUAAAUAUUGAUGCUUUUAGUUUAUUGGUAGCCAUUUUUCUUUCAAUUUGUUCCUGCAAUCCACCAUGUUAUUCUCUGUACCAUUGCCCUGCAUUUUGGUUGGGAAUUUGAAUUUGAGAAUCAAAAUUAAAUAAAUAU